GGGGAAGAAAGGGGAGCUUUCUAGUGGUGGGGAAGGCUCAGACAGUGACCCUGGUCCUGCCUCUUCCCUGGACUUACUAACAGUGCCUGACUUCUGAGGGCCCUUCCUGUCUGCUGCAAUCCAAAUAGAAGCUUCACUGCUCCUUGGCCCUUUCCUCAGCAGUGCUGAGUAGAGCCCCAGGUCUGAGGGGCUGCAGGGCUGCAGGGUGUGCUGGGGGUUGAGAACUCCCACCUUCUGUGGACCUGAGACCCACUGCCCACCCAGCCCCUGGCGAGUUCCAUGCUGUCAGUGCACAGACCCCCACCUUACCCCCUACGUACCUCAUCUCGUCUCACUAAUUCAGGGGCCUGCCCCUUCUACUCCUAAGUUACGUUUUCUCCAGCAUCUCUGAGUAGCUGCUAUUUACAGAGGACCUAUCUUGGGCUGAGUCCUCCAUGGUUCUAAAUGUACAAGGCCAUUUCCCCUCCCAAGAACCUAAUUAGCUGGGACAGGUUAAUCCCCUGGGGACAGAUCGGGGACCUCUCCCUGGGGAUGGAGAUGCUGGUGUUGAUGGAGUCCCUGGCACACCUUGGCUCUUCGGAGACUCAUCACAGGCUCGAGAGACUUUAUAGAGCCGGGACACGGCCAGGCCAGGCAGCUCCCCCGCACCAUGGACGCCGCGCUGCUGCUGCUGCUGCUCCUCGGCCUGCAGGAGGCGGCUGCCCAGGCACAGCGGAUCCCAUCAGGAAUCUCUGACGUAGUCUCUGCAAACUCUGUCUCUAGUGAUAUCUCCGCAGGGCUCCCCAAUGCAUCUGCGGGGCUCCCCGGUGCCUCUGCGGGGCUCCUCGGUGCCUCUGCCGGUCUCCCUGAUGGCUCUGCGGGGCUACCUGGGGCCUCUGCCGGUCUCCCCGGGGCCUCUGCGGGGCUCCCAGGUGCCUCUGCGGGGCUACCUGGGGCCUCUGCCAGUCUCCCUGGUGCCUCUGCGGGGCUCCCAGGUGCUUCUCCAGGGCUCCCCGGGGCCUCAGCCGGUCUCCCCGGGGCCUCUGUGGGGCUCCCAGGUGCUUCUGCGGGGCUCCCCAGUGUCUCUGCAGGUCCCUCUACCAUCUCUGCAAGUAUCCCCACAGUCACCCCAAGUCUCCCCACAGUCUUCGCUAGUACCCCGACAGUCCCUGGGAGUCUCUCAACAGUUUCUUCAACUUCUCUGGGCUUUCCCAGGAGUCCUCAGACUCCAGCUUUAACUGUUUCUGGGAGCACAUCAGGAGGAGUCUCAGCACCACCAGGUGACAUAUCUACUGCCCAAAUCAUCUCCAAAGAGCUCUUUAGUUCAGCCCGGGGUGCAGAGCGAGGGCUUCCUGGUGCCUAAUUGUGAGUCCAGCAGGUUCCCAGAACCUCACUGCAAGCGGCAACCUCUGCCUUUGUGGUAUGCAGGCUCCCCUGUGCCCGCUGUUUGAUGUAUCGCCGUUGUCUCUUGUGGUUAGUCUUGCUGAGGAAUUAUUGUGUACUCCAAGAUCAUGUCAAUAUCCUCCUAUGCCUUUUCUAAGUUUUACAAUUUUAGCCUUCAAAUCUAAGUCUAUGCCACAGACGUAGGGGACUGGUGGUUUGAUGGGUUGGGCCCUCUACCACAGGUUUUACCCUUGGGAAGACAGUUGCUGCAAAG